AGCUACGCCAUGACGACGUUGACAGUUCUUUAAGCGUCGUCGUCCGGAUUCUAGGAGGAGAUUUCAAACAAUACUAAACAACUUUUGUUUAAAAAGAAGAUAUGGUUUAACCUUGAAAUUAAAAUAGGGUGGUAGAAAUUAUUAUAUAUCUAGAACAGUAAUAAAUUGCACGUUUAGCUAACGUUAACAGAAAUUAGCAUUAGCUAAAAAAACAAACAAACAAUCUUUUAGCUACACAUGCUAGAGCCAACGCGUUAAAUAGCUUUUUAAAAAAUGUUUUUACAUUUUUUUAUGUUAAUCCUGAUUACUGUCCAUGUAUAACGCAAAAGGUUCAACCGCUUCAGAAAUGACGUCAGUUUCUGGGAGUGCAGGGAAAUUGAGGAAGAAACCCGCCGUGUUACAAUUUAACAUUGCCAAGCAGCUUCCAAAGCACACCAAUUGCCUUUCAUGUUCAGACGACGGCAAAUACCUCAGCAUAGGUCACGCCGGGGGCUUGUCUGUGUGGUGUUCAAGUACCUUGACCUGUGAGGCCAAGUGGCUGCAGGACUGCCUGGAGAUUACAUGCAUUCACAUGACCACCACCAGCGAGACCUCCUAUUUGCUGGCCAGUAUUGAUGAUAUGGGUGUUGCCAGAAUCUUUCUGUAUAACUUAGAAAGUAUUUAUCUCUUCAGUGUUAUUAACACAUUGGAGGAUAUCAACAAAAGGAACAUUUGCUUGAACUUUGAAAUAUCUGAAGGAGGCGACUAUGGAGCUGUAACAAUGAAGUGCAACAGCGAUAUUUGGCUGGAUAUCUAUUACUUUCCUGUCGAAGACUGGCUGAGAGAGCUAAAGGAUCCUAAACUCUCUGCAAAUAUGAAAUGGUCUCUAGCUGCUCGGGUGAAUAAAAUUAUUCCAUCAGCAGCGACCAUGGCAGAUUUCUCCAACAUGCUGACUCACUGUUUAGUUCUGGAUGAGACAAACGAGUCACCAAGCUAUUGCACUUAUCACUUUCUCCUGAAAUGCGAUCAUUGUCAUGGUGAGAAUAAACCAAACUCAGGAUGUCCAGUCAAUGUUUGUUUUUGGUGGAGCGGAAGCUACAAUCUUCUCUACCACAAUCUGUCCAAAACACCAAAGUCCAAACAAGAUCCAGAACCUCAGCCGUCUGUGCUGUGGCCCAACGCAGCAGAAAUCCUAUGCUCCGCCAUCAGUAGAUGCACUCGUUUCAUUGUGCUCGGCCUCAGCAAUUCUCUGGUGUGCGUCUGGGACAGGCUAGCUGGUGCUCCGUUGUCUGUCUGUACGCUAUCAACAGACAGUGCCUUCCUCAGGCUGCAGUUUGUGGAAUACUGGCCUGCGUGCGCUGAUAUUACCCAGACCUUAACCGCAGGUGAAAUCCAUCUUAUGGUGGUUUGUAAGAGUGGAGCUUUUUAUGUUAUGAACACAAGGCGAGGAGCAGCAGCUCUCACAUUGCGGCUCUCUCAAAGGCCAGAAGACAGUGGUGACCUGCUGACUGUUACUGCAUCAGUGGCAUUCUUGAAGGGCUUGUCACUUGUGGUGCAUCGUAAUGGGAAAAUGUUCUUGCAAGAUGUUGUCAACAGAGCCACAGUAUGUGCCCUAAUUCCUCCCACUAGUCAUCUGUUGGCUACGCCAUGCAAUCCUGUUUACACACUGAACGUCAAGCAGCACAUUCUGUUCAUGCAAGGUGACAAGGAACCCACCCUGUCUUCUUCCUCCAUAAAAAGCAAUAGACAGAGUCAACUCCUCGUCCUACGUUUUGACGAGCAUGACGUCAUUAAGCCGUAUGUUGUUUCGCAUCUACAAUCUCCAUGGCAACAAAAAACAAGCGUCACAGGAGAGGAAGCUUGCAAGAAGUACCUCCAGGAAAGAGCUCUGUCAAUGGAUGAAAGGCACAAAGCUAUAACGCAGACAUGGAAGCGACUGCAGGAGACGGGUGCUUAUGUAAAAACAUAAAGAACUGCUAAUCAUUUUCAUGUUACUCAGUGGUAGUAUAGUCAGGAAGUUGCAAAGGAAAAGAAUGAAGCUUCUUAUUUAAAUUCAACUGACUCAACGUGACGUGUCAGCUUUCGUGUGCACAGAGAUGAAUUCAUUCAUAUUCUAACACGGCUCAUUGUAGCAUUCCACUUACAGGGAUCUGAUAUUGAUUUUUAAUUUGUUCUCCAAGGCCUCAUUAGAAUUGUGAGUGAUGUAGUUGUUGCCAAAGAGCUGCAAGUGAAAGAGCUUCUUGGCACCUUUAGCAGCACUUUGCUUCCACGACAGCCAGUACUCCGACAAUGAGGUUUCCUGUGUGUGUUUGCUGUGUUGUUCAUUUGCGUUCAUUUCAUAUUGGUGGCAUGACUGCACUUCAUAACAGCGCCUUUGCCAACUGAUCCAAUUUGAUUGAAGAAUAAAAGGUGCAGCUUAUUUGGGUCAGGCUCAAAGACUUAUUGUUUUUAAAAUAUAUCGCAGUUCACCUUUCAAGGAUUCACUGUUUUGCAGAUUUCUUUUGUGCUUUUUUAUUACGGCAUCAACGCUGUUACAGGCCGAACCUGGCCCUUUAAGAAGAGUUGCAUUGUGGGAAGUUGAGUGUCUCUUCUCUCUCUCGUCUGUCUGCACCACCCAUUGUUUUCUGCGUCCUGAUUGGCUGUAGACCAUCUCCUUCACGCUGCCCUGCCUGCCCUGCCCUGCCUGUCUCAUCGCUAGCUUGCUUGCUUGCUAGCUUGUAUAUGAAUCUUUAGUUCGAAGGAGGUGGGCUGCAACAAGAGGAGUACUGCAACAAUAUGUUUUAAUACAAAAAUGCUAAAGCACAGCAGAACGGCGCCAGGAUGAAAACGCACGGCACCAGAAAUGAAAUACGCGUGAGUGACUUAAUAAUUUUUUGUGUCUGACCUGUAGGUUGAUUAUUAAAAUUCAAACAAAGAUUUUAACUUUUUUGGGAGUGUUUAAACGGGAGAAAUGUGAGAAAAUGUUCUAGAUUGUCUGAGAAAAGUGUAUAAAGUGUAGGAUGAGGGGUUUUAUAGCCAUAAAACAUAAUUGUAAAAAAAUUAAGUUGGCUACUUCACUGAUUUCACUUAUUGCAGGCUAUUUUGGGAACUUAUUCCCCGUGAUAAAUGAGGGAACACUGUAUUGACCUUUUUCAUCAAGAUGACUAAGUCAGGGCAUCACUAGACAAGCAGCCCUUACUAAUCGCCCAAUCAAUAGUAUUUAUUUUCUAUGACUUAUGUAAGUCUGCUAUGUCUUGUUCAAGCUACCUGAAGGGGACAGCGGAGUCAGUUAACACUUUUAAUCAGCAAUACCACAAGUUACAAUUUUGGUGAGCGCACACACAGGCUCUUUAACCGGCUCUACCACACAUCUCUAGAUGUAUGUAAUUUAAUCUGUAAUAGGGCACUCUUUGUUGGAAAAAGUAGUGUUUGUUUUUGAGAUUUGAAAAGUUUUAUUAAAAUGUGUUUAGCUUUUACUGUUUUUCAUUUUUACAUUUCUAUUGUUUUAUGUUUUUUAAAUGUUUUUUUUUAAUUAUUAUUGAGGACUUUUGUGAAUUUUGUUUCAAAAGGUUUUUUU